CGCCCUGCUGGGGCGGGGCGGGGGCCUCGCAGCCAUCUUUGGCCAGUGCCACUGCUCUGCUGCUCCCGCUGCUGUGCUGGCGCCGACGCCGCCUCCACCAGCCGAGGGAAAAUGAUCCACAGCCUGUUUCUCAUAAACUGUUCUGGAGAUAUAUUCUUGGAGAAACACUGGAAGAGCGUUGUUGGCCAGUCUGUGUGUGAUUAUUUCUUUGAAGCUCAGGCGAGAGCAGCCGAUGUUGAAAAUGUGCCUCCAGUUAUCUCCACGCCUCAUCACUACCUCAUUAGCAUCUAUCGGGAUAAGAUAUUCUUUGUGUCUGUCAUACAGACAGAAGUGCCACCUCUCUUUGUCAUUGAAUUCCUUCACCGUGUAGCAGAUACUUUCCAGGAUUACUUUGGAGAAUGUUCCGAGACUGCAAUUAAAGACAAUGUUGUUAUUGUAUAUGAGCUUCUGGAAGAAAUGCUGGACAAUGGCUUUCCACUGGCAACGGAAUCCAAUAUCUUAAAAGAGCUCAUUAAACCUCCAACGAUCCUGCGUUCUGUUGUCAAUUCCAUUACAGGCAGCAGUAAUGUGGGAGAUACCCUUCCAACGGGCCAACUAUCGAACAUACCAUGGCGAAGAGCGGGGGUAAAAUAUACAAAUAAUGAAGCCUACUUCGAUGUGAUUGAAGAAAUAGAUGCCAUUAUAGACAAAUCUGGCUCCACAGUCUUUGCAGAAAUCCAAGGUGUCAUUGAUGCUUGCAUCAAGCUUUCAGGGAUGCCUGAUCUUUCACUAUCUUUCAUGAAUCCAAGACUUCUGGAUGAUGUGAGCUUUCAUCCUUGCAUCCGGUUCAAGCGCUGGGAGUCGGAAAGAGUGCUCUCCUUCAUUCCUCCAGAUGGAAACUUCAGAUUAAUUUCAUAUCGAGUUAGUUCACAAAAUUUGGUGGCCAUCCCAGUAUAUGUGAAACAUACAAUUAGUUUCAAAGAAAAUUCAUCUACUGGAAGAUUUGAUGUCACAAUUGGACCCAAACAGAACAUGGGGAAGACCGUGGAAGGAGUGAUUAUGACAGUCCAUAUGCCAAAAGCUGUACUCAAUAUGAACCUUACAGCCACACAGGGCAGCUACACCUUUGAUCCUGUCACUAAAGUGUUGACAUGGGAUGUUGGCAAAAUCAUGCCUCAGAAGCUGCCAGGUCUUAAAGGAACGGUGAAUUUGCAGUCUGGAGCUCCCAAACCAGAAGAAAAUCCCAGCCUGAAUGUCCAGUUUAAGAUACAGCAGCUGGCUAUUUCAGGUUUAAAAGUAAAUCGCCUAGACAUGUAUGGAGAAAAAUACAAACCAUUUAAAGGUGUCAAAUACAUCACAAAAGCAGGGAAGUUUCAAGUGCGAACAUGAAACUUAAGAUUUCUGCCUUCCUGGCAGAUAAAUAUUGCGUUUUGUAUGUUUUUUUCCAUUUGAGGGAGAAAUUAUGUUGAAGACUUAAAAUACUUAAAUGCCAACAGUUCCUCUGAUUACACUCAUUCCCAUGCACCGUGGCUCUUCAAACUAAAUCAUAGUUUAAUAUGUCUUUUUAUAUGUGGCUUUGAAAUAGAAAUAGAAUAAUUUUCUGUAAAUCGUAUCCUUUUGGUGGACCCCUUGGUUCAUGAAUUGUAACUCCAACCUGGGACUGUCCAAAACCAGCUAACACCAGAUACUGCCAAGGAAAUUACCAAAGCACAAGAAGAAUGCAGGAACUUCUGAACAGAGAGCAGACCCUAUUUUGAACAGAAGAGAGCUGAUGUGAUGACUUAAGUUGGUUAGAAAUUGCUGUUAUUCUUCUAUAAUAUUUCUUCAAGGCCUACUAGGAAAGGAGAGGAUGGAGUCUUUUCCAGUCAUGUGGAAAACGUAUCUUCAAUGGCACAAAGAAGGCUUUACCUGCAAUGUUUACAACUUUUCGGUCAAAACAAUUUGCCUUAUCAGCGUAUGAAUUCAGCAGACAAUCUGUAGCCGAUCCUAGAUUCCCUAUAACUUGCUUUACUUUGAAGGUGACAAAUGUAUGGAAAUGAAGUCUCUGCACAGUUUAACAGGUACCACCACUCUGAAAGUGUCUUUCCACUUUGUCCUGUUGUUUGUGCCAUGCAUACCUCAAGUAGGCAACAAACUUUAUUUCAAGGUUGUAUUGCUUAUUUGUAAUGAAAUAAAAGGGAACUCAGAAGUA